UUUUUUAAAGGGAGAGUUUGUGGCAAGAUCGGAGCUGUCAGAGAUACAUAUUUUUUUUGGAGGGGGGUUGCUUUUAUUUAUAUAUAUAUAUAUAACGUCAAUAUAUUAGGCAGGAAGGGAAGAAAGAAGGCGGGGUGUGGGUUCAGAGGCUGAGAAAACAGAGGAGGGAGAAGAAGAGGAGGAAAGAAGAAGGAUUAGAAAUAAGCCCUGCACGUGCGAUCCGGCGAUUGACACCCUCCUCCGCGAGCAAACACUUCUUGGGGGAAGAAGAAGAGGAUGGAUGGGGCGAUGGUGAGGAAGACUUUGCGGGAGGGGGCGGGGUUUUGAAGGGGGCUGCUUGUGUGGUGAUCUUUUCUCCCCCUCCUUUACCCCCCCUUUUUUUUGGAGGGGGGGAAGGGGGAGCCCAGAGAGAGCGAGAGAGAGAAAUAAAACUGCCCCAAAACAGUUUGAAUCGCUCCAAAUGGAUGUCUCUCUCUAGUUGUGUGGGGAUCUUCUGCUCCCCCUCUUUUACCCUUUUUUUGAGGGGGAGGGGAAAGGGGGAGCCGAGAUAGAUAGAGAGAGAGAAAUAUAACUGCAAGAAAAAGCGACUCGCUCCCAAUGGAUAAUAUCUCUCUCUAGUCUGCUCCGAGCCAACAAGUGGAUUUGGUUUUUUGCCUUGGACAGCACUCCUCGGGUGGUGUUUUGGUUUGUGUUUUUCCCUAAAGAAGAUUAUAAUUGAAUUGGAAGCAAGGGUCCGGAGAAGGAGGAAAGAAAAGAGAGAAACAGAGACACAGAGAGAGACAGAGAAAGAGACACAGCGAGGAGAGCCAAGCCUGGCGCUUUCCGGUAGAGCUGGCGGCUGACUAUGGAAGAGCAGGCGGACCCUAAAAGCCAGCGAGAGCCUGCUCCUACCACUACCACCAUCGCCACCACCACCAGCGCCCUCAAUGCCAGCGCCACCAGCACCGCCAGCACCGCCAGCGGCAGCACCAGCAGCAGCGAUGGGGAAAGCCUCCCGGUCUCUCCCAGCAGCCACCCGCCCUUGUCUCCCGUCGUCUCGGUGGCCCACCACCACCCGCACCACCACCACCAUCACCACCACCACCACCACCCCCAGCACCACCAGCACCCCCUUCAAGCGCAACAGCGGCCGCCGCCUCCUCCUCCUCCUCCUCUUCCUCCUCCUCCGCCACAGCGCACCACCAACUUCUUCAUCGACAACAUCCUGAGGCCGGACUUUGGCUGCAAGAAGGAGCAGCAGCAGCUCUUGAUCUCACUCUCCGGAGGAGGAGGAGGAGGAGGAGGAAGCGGAGGAGGAGGAGGAGGAGGAGACCUAGACCGUGCGGGCAGCUCAGGUAGAGAAAACGUCAACCCACUGCUGGGGAGCAGGACCCCCAACCCGGCCUCCUCCUCCUCCUCUUCCUCCUCCUCCUCGGGGCUCCUUAGCGCAGAGUCAGAGACGGGCCCCUCUGCCACGGGCUCCAAAGCCAGCCCCACCGCCAAGCCCCCUUCCUCCUCUUCCUCCUCCUCUUCCUCCUCCUCCUCCUCUUCCUCUUCCUCCUCCUCCUGCUGCUCGGAAGGCAGCGGACCUCACCCGGCGAACUAUGGGGAGCACGCCAACCCGGCCAUCCUGCUCAUGGGCUCCAGUAAUGGAGGGCCCGCCGUGGGGGCCAAGGGCGAAGGGAAGCAGCCGCUGGUUUGGCCGGCCUGGGUUUACUGCACGAGGUAUUCAGACCGACCGUCCUCCGGUCCCCGCACGCGGAAGCUGAAGAAGAAGAAGAACGAGAAGGAGGACAAGCGGCCGCGGACGGCCUUCACGGCUGAGCAGCUGCAGAGACUCAAGGCGGAGUUCCAGGCCAACCGGUACAUCACGGAGCAGCGGCGGCAGACCUUGGCCCAGGAGCUGAGCCUCAACGAGUCCCAGAUCAAGAUCUGGUUCCAGAACAAGCGGGCCAAGAUCAAGAAGGCCACGGGCAUCAAGAACGGCCUGGCCCUCCACCUCAUGGCCCAGGGACUCUACAACCACUCCACCACCACCGUCCAGGACAAGGAGGAGAGCGAGUGAACGCGAGCAGAGCAGCGGGGACUCCUUGGGGUCAGGGAGGGGGUGGCUUGGUUUGGCUUCGUUUUUUAAAAAAACAAAGGAAAAUUAUUUUAUUCUUAAUAUUAUUAUUAAUUAUUAUUAUUAAUUAUUAUUAAUUAUUAUUAUUAUUAUGGACCUGGUCUCCAGGGGAAAAAAGACAAAGAAUCACCAUACAAAGACGAUUUGGACAAGUGUUGUCGAAGGCUUUUGUGGCCGGAAUCACUGGGUUGCUGUGAGUUUGUUCCCAGAAGCAUACUCUCCUGACGUUUCGCCUGCACCUAUGGCAGGCAUCCUCAGAAGUUGUGAGGUCAAGUCUUUUUGACUGCAGUGGCGCGUUGGAGGGUGUUAUUUAAAGCAAAAGAGAGGAGAAAGGAAGGGGGGGGGAUAAUCAAAUUUAUUGUCUGUUCAUAGUUCUAAGGAUUCCCAAGAAUGAACCGAACACUUACACAAAAACGAUCUCUAUAGCCAAACGUCGUACGAGCUUGUAUAUAUUUGAGUUCAGGUAAGGAAAAAGAACAAUUCAUAAGGAUAAUGUGUAUCGUUUCCCCAUCUUCCCUCCAUUCGCGUCCCCUCUUCACCCUCCUCGGGCCUUGAGUCUCUCUCCGACACUUGGUUAUUUUCUGAAUUGUCCAUCUUCCCCUCCCUUGGUUUCGAGGGCGGAGGGUUUGUUUAUGUCGGGCUUCCCAUCCCUGACCCACCCGCUCCCUUGCCUCCCUGGCCUCCCUGUGUGUGCCUUCACCUGCCCGGGUUUCGUGGGCGCGCGCGCCUCCCGCGUGGGCCCGCGUGGACGCGCGUGGGCGGGUGUGCCUGUGCUUCUCCUUCUCUCCUCCUCCUCCUCCUUCCCUUUUCCCCAGCCCACCAUCACCGGAUGACCCACAGACUGCGAGACUGAACCCCUUGCUGCAAGCCAAAGAUUUUUUUCUUAUGUUCAGAAACCUGUAGUCUGAAAUAAAGUGUAGAUUGUGUCCAGGA